AGUAGAAGGGUAACCUAAUGCGGGAGAUUCCAAGAGAGCGCUAAACGUAUCAAGACUAUAUUUUUUCUUUUUUGUUCUUAACGCAAUCGAGUGGGCAGGAGGAGAAGCUGAGAAACGAGCGAACGAGAGAGUUGACAGAUUAGAGAUAGAGAGGCGUUUUUUUUAUUCUUUUUUUUUCUAGAUAGUGUCAAGUGGUCAGCCUCGGACGCCUAUAAAACGACGCGGCGCUCCGCUCCGACCCCAGCGUCAGCGCAGCUACGAAACGAUAGCCCCGCACAGCCCUGCACCUCCACCGCAGACAUCUUGAGCAUGGCAAGAAUGAGCGUAGUCUCCCUCGGCCUCGCGCUACUCCUCGUGCAGGCGGGGCGCGCCCUGUCCUCGGGCUCGCCCUCGCCCGUCGGCGUCACGCAACAGCCGGAGGGACCGAGCCAGAAGCCCCUCGACGCGACAUCUGCUCCCAACGGCUCCAGACCCGCCGGCGCCCCCCACAAGCCAGGGGCGGGGGCAUGGGGCGUCUCGGCGAGGCUUUCGGAAGAGGCGGCGGAGCUGGCUGACGUCAUCCUCAGGGUCCUGACACGCAAUCGCGAUGCUGCGCCGGCGAGCGCCCCGGGCCAGGCGGCGACCCGCGGCGCCGAAGGGGGCAGCGAGACUUGGUGUGGCGUCCUGCUCGCCGGCGAGGCGCCUCCACGCAGAGAGUCCACGCCGGAAAUGGCCGAGAUCCUGCGCGGGAUUGCGGCGGCUGCGUGCCACGCCCUCCAGCGCCUCGACGGCCUCAAGGACCGCUUCAUGGACGUCACCGCCCCCAACCUGAGCUGGGGCGACAUGAACAGCGUCCCCGGAAUCUGCGAGACUCACACCGCGGACUCCCCUUCGGUGGACGGCCUGGGGCUCACGGAGGGCCUGGUGCAGCUGUACAGCCUGCUGCAGCGCCGGAUGGUCCUCAUGGACGACGCCGUGCUCGAGCAGGUUCCGUUUACGGCGCGCGGAUUCGUCUGCGCCAGCGGAGCCUUCCUCGCCGACUUCAGCGGCAUGGCCAACGACCUGGUGGCAGUGCUGGACCACCUUCACGCGGGCGUCCUCGCGGUGGGCGACGGCGUGGACGAGGCCGUGACCGCCGAGCUGAGCAGCCGGGUGUUCGGCUUCCCGGCGUCCAGCGAGGGCGGCUGCCUGCUCGACUUCUGCGCCCUCCGCGGUGCCGACCACGCCCUCAGGGCCGUGGUUGACUUCGCUCUCGACAACAUGUGAGGGCGGCUUGGCGUCGAUGUUCAUGUUGUGAUUAUUCGCUACUUGUCUUUGUUUAUUAACUUGUGAAAGUGUGUAAGGAAGAUUUUAAAAGUCUUUUAUGUAUUUUGUAUUCCUGUAUUAUGCUCUGUGAGGCAGGGUUGCCGAGUAAAGGUACCUGUUGCUAGCACUGAUAUCAUCAUGACAUUGCCAGUAAUGCGUCUUAAUUUAUUAAUUAUUUUGCACUGAUUAAGAAGAGGAAUUUCUUAAUAAACUGACGAAGUAUCUGA